AUGAAACAAAUUGAAAAACAUGAAAAUAAACAGCAGCAUCGAAGCUGCGGCUAUCUUCUCUCCUCUUGAUGUAGCGUAGAAAGAAACCCUAGUUUUCUCCGUCUCGCACACCCCAUUACACUGUGCAAAUCUCAGCCUUUUUCCCAUCAAUCAUCGAAUUCGGAUUCCAAACCCAAUACCCCUCUGUCAAUUUUGGUCAAUUCGAUUUUUCCCCUGUUUCCUAACAUGUACAGAGAUCGUGGAGGUGUUGGCUCUUCCAAGGGCGGAGAUAUGUUGGAUCGGAAGCGAAUCAACGACGCCUUGGACAAACAUUUGGAAAAGUCCUCGCCUUCCACCUCCAGAAACAAGGGUUCCGCCGUCGCCAUGCCCUCCACCUCCGCCUCCGGAGGGAAGCAUAUCGACCCUAGGAACAAUCGCUCUUCGUCCACCCUCACUACCGACAAGAACAAGUGCUCGGAUGAUGAAUCUGACACAGACAGUGAAGAGGAGUCUGAUGUCAGUGGUUCUGAUGGGGAUGAUACAUCUUGGAUUUCAUGGUUUUGCAACUUGCGUGGAAAUGAAUUCUUCUGUGAAGUUGAUGAUGACUAUAUCCAAGACGAUUUUAAUCUUUGUGGGUUGAGCAGUCAAGUUCCAUAUUAUGAUUACGCACUCGACCUUAUUCUGGAUGUUGAAUCCUCUCAUGGUGAUAUGUUUACUGAGGAACAAAAUGAACUGGUCGAGUCAGCUGCUGAAAUGCUCUAUGGCCUUAUCCAUGUCCGGUACAUUUUGACCACCAAAGGAAUGGCAGCAAUGUUAGAGAAGUACAAGAACUAUGACUUUGGAAGAUGUCCAAGGGUUUACUGCUGUGGACAACCUUGUCUCCCUGUUGGACAAUCAGACAUUCCACGCUCUAGUACCGUGAAAAUAUACUGUCCCAAAUGCGAAGAUAUUUUCUAUCCCCGAUCCAAGUAUCAAGGCAAUAUUGAUGGAGCGUAUUUCGGCACCACAUUCCCUCAUCUGUUCUUGAUGACCUAUGGGCACCUCAAGCCACAGAAGCCUGUGCAGAGCUAUGUCCCCAAAGUUUUUGGGUUCAAGAUGCACAAGCCUUGAUGAACAAGUCUCCAUCACAUUUUCAGAAUUUAUAUCUAUUGGGUAAAUGUUUUGUAUUCGGUGUACGUGGUGUACCAAAUGGCUGCGGGACUGGGCAGGAGAGGGCUGAGAUCAAGAUUGAAUGACAAAUUUGUUUGAUUGAAGGAACAAAGCCUCUGUGAAGCAAGUUGUCAUUAUGUAAGCUAAUUUCUUUUCCAGGCUGAGAAAUGCUUGAAGUACUUGUUGUAGUUCCUGUGUGCAUACUUAUCAGCACUAUAUUUUUUCUCAUGUAGAUGUAGUCUUAUAAGACAAGUUAGUCUCAAAAUGCACUAUAUUUUUUACUCA